UGGAAGAAAGAGGAAAGUAAGGAGGAGGAGGAGAGGACUGAGCACCUGCUGGAUGGAGAGUCCUGAGCUGUAUUCCCUAAAGGACAGGGGCCAACAGGCCCAACUAGGGGCCCCGCACAUGCAGCACCAGCAGGAGAGGGGACCCCAGAUCCAGGCAGGGGCCCCGCACAACCAGAUCCCUCAGGAUUGGUGCUCGCAGCUUCAGAGAAGAAGUCCACAACUCCAAAGCCACCAUGAGACUGAUCCCUACACACAGCCAAGGGGCCACAGCAUGCAUCCCUACCAGGACUGGGGCUCUCAGCAAGACAGGGGAUCGGAGCAGCCAAGUCACCGGGACAGGGGCCCCCAAACCCCUCCGAGGGUUACCCGUACACAGGAUCGAGGACAAUUAUUCCAGACUCUGGACAGGGGCCCUCAGAUGCAUCUAGAGUCCCCUCAGAGCAAAGCCUACCAGGACUGGGGGACACAGAUGCACAUACCACAGGAAAGGGGCCCUUACAUACCAUCAGGGGCCCUGCACAUCCUUCAGUCCCAGGACAAGGACCAACAACUGCAGAAGCCACUGGAAAGGGGGCCCUAUAGGCAGCAGGGAGCCCCACACAUCCAGUGUCCCCAAGACAAGGACCAACAACUGCAGGAACCGCUGGAAAGGGGUCCCUUCCUAUUACAAGGGGCCACAAACAAUCAGCAGCCUCACGGCGAAGAGCAGCAAGUUCAGAAAUCGCAAGAAAAGGGCCCAUUUAUGCAGCCAGGGGCCCCACACGCUCAACACCCUCAGGACAAGGAUCAGCAGCUACAUAAACCACUGGAAAGGGGCCCCUUUAUGCACAUGGGGUCCCCACACAUCCAACAUCCCCAGGACAAGGACCACCAACUGCAGAAACCACAGGAAAGGGGCACCUUUAUGCAACUGGGGUCACCACACAACCAACAUCCCCAGGACAAGGACCAGCAACUGCAGAAACCACAGGAAAGGGGCUCCUUUACGCAACAGGGGUCCCCACAAAUUCAACAUUCCCAGGACAAGGAACAGCAACAUAAACCACUGGAAAGGGGCCCCUUUAUGCACAUGGGGUCCCCACACAUCCAAUAUCCCCAGGACAAGGACCAGCAACUGCAGAAACCACUGGAAAGGGGACCCUUUAUGCAACUGGGGUCACCACACAACCAACAUCCCCAGGACAAGGACCAGCAACAGGACACACCCCAAGAGAGGGAUCCCCAGCCUCAUUCUUACCAAGGCCAUGAAUCCAAGCCCCCCCCAAAGGACAAGGGCCCACAGCAGGCCAAGGAGAAGCCCCCCCCAAAAGAGAAGAGUGCAAGCAGUGGCCCUCCUAUAGUGAAGCGCCCCAUGAAUGCCUUUAUGGUGUGGUCCAGUGAAGAAAGGAAGAGGGUGUCCGUCCAGUACCCCAAAAUGCACAAUUCGGAGAUCAGCCGGAGGUUGGGGGAGGUCUGGAGGGGUCUCACCGAGGAGGACCGGCGACCCUUUCGGGAGGAAGCCAAGAGACUGCGGGUCCAGCACGCUCGGGACCACCCAGGGUACAAAUACACCCCUCGCAAGAAGAAGAAGGUGGAGCCAGUCAACAAGGUUCCCCCUAUACCCCCUUCACCAUCUGUACCCCCGAAACCAUCACUGGAGGAACACGAACACCAACCCCAGCUCCAGUACCAUCACCAGCUCCAACCCCAACCCCAACCUCAGCAUAGAGCCCUGCAAGAGGAGGAGAGGGCAUACCAAUACAACACCUACCAGGACCCUUACAGUUACGUGCCGUACCCCGCCCCGAUCAAGACGGAACCGUUCUACCCCACUGUCACCGACGUUUCCGCGCUCUACGGCCUCGGACUCUUCGAAUACGGCGAGCGGAGGGGGAUCCAUCCUCAGGUUCACUAUCAGACGGUGGAGGUGGAGAGCGGAGGGUCCCUCACCAGCCUGUGACCAGCAGGGGCGGUCUCUUGGAGCCUACCGGAGGAUCGUGCAGGUCCCUCCCACGAGGAGGGGGGCAACCGAACGUCCCAUCCUUUCCCAGGAGCUCCGUAGGUCUCGCUGAGGACCGUCGUGGAAUAGAAGUGGCGAGUACGAC